AAGUGUGGCUGAACCUUAUCUAGGAACGGGAAAUAUCCUAUUAUGGAAUAGAAGCGCUCACAUUAUUUUCGGUGGGGCAUGCGCUUGAAGUUGAGUCUCUACCAGGAAUUAAAAAGCUAGUAUUUUGUCUUUUCACAAACGAAAAAAAUGUCCAAGUCUUUGAAGAAGAUCGUGGAGGAGAGUCGCGAUAAGAACCUUCCAGAGGUGGAGAUGUGCGACAGGGGCAUUUCCAACCUGCUAGACAUCCCAGGACUGUUCACUCUGUCUAACAUCACUCAGCUGGUCCUCAGCCACAACAAGAUCACAGCGGUGCCUGCUAACAUCUCUGAGCUGAAGAACAUAGAGAUUCUAAAUAUGUUCAACAACCAGAUUGAAGAGCUGCCGACUCAGAUCAGCAGUCUUCAGAAGCUGAAACACCUCAACCUCGGUAUGAACCGUCUGAGCAACUUGCCUAGAGGAUUUGGUUCGUUACCAGCUCUGGAAGUGUUGGACCUCACCUACAACAACCUGAACCAGAACUCCCUGCCUGGAAACUUCUUCUACCUCACCACUCUUCGUGCUCUCUAUCUGAGUGACAAUGACUUUGAGGUUCUGCCGGCUGACAUCGGGAAGCUGACCAAGUUACAAAUAUUGAGUCUGAGGGAUAAUGAUGUGAUCUCAUUGCCUAAGGAGAUUGGGGAUUUGGCUCAACUGAAAGAGCUUCACAUCCAGGGCAACAGACUAACUGUCCUGCCACCUGAACUUGGUAAUUUGGAUCUCACUGGUCCAAAACAGGUGUUCAAAGCAGAGAAUAAUCCCUGGGUCACACCAAUUGCAGACCAGUUCCAGCUGGGCAUCUCCCAUGUAUUUGAAUAUCUUCGCUCAGAGACUUAUAAGUAUCUCUACGGCAGACACAUACAGGCCAACCCAGAACCUCCGAAGAAGAGCGGCGAUAAAAGCAAGAAGAUAAGCCGCAAACCACUGGCCGCCAAGAACAAGUGAAAAGAAAGACAGAGAACAGAGAUGAACGCUCACACUGCAUGUGCCUUUUUCACCCACUCACUUUUUAUUGAAACAUUUUGCAUUACAUGCAUAUAUACGAAGCUUGUUUCCAAAUGUGUAGUGUGAAAUAUUGUUUGGACUGUAUUCACUGUAUGGGAGCCCAGAUGGAUGGUAUUUUUUACCCAGCUCUACUGUUUGAGUCUAAGUGUUGGUCCUAAUGUCAUGGUCAGAAAUAUUGGCACCCCUCGGUUUCUGUCAGAUAAGGCACCACUUCUCCCAGAAAAUUGUUGCAGUGACAAAUUCUUUGGCAUUCACAUAUUUAUUUCUUUUGUUUGCAUUCGAAAAAGCAGAGAGAGAAAAAAAGCCAAGUCUGAUACAGUUUGGAGUUCACUGAACCUUUAAUGUUGGUUAUAUUUCACAGUUUUACCAAGUUGUGACUUUGGAAUUAUGCUUCUGUCUCUAUGCUUUAAAAAUUUCACAUCUUAAAUAACAGAACUCAUAUACAGAAAACAACUUUUCUUUAUUUGUCAAAAUACCCGGCAUCCUAAAGUCUUUGUAAAUGUGUAAAGUGAACAUUCUAUUAGGAAAAGAAUAGAAAGACUGUUGCAUCAGUACAGGUAACAAUCAAUCAGUCAAUCAAAAUUUAUUUGUAUAGCAUUUUAAAAAUAACGUCUGGUCGACCAAAAUACUUUACACAGCAAUGCAAAUCUAGAGUAAAAAAUACCAAUACAGAAAUAAAACAACAUAGGAACAUAAAAACACCAAGUACACAGAAUCAACAGAUAAAAGGAGGAA